CUGUGGUGGGGCCAAUCGACCGCCUCUGUAUUUUUGUUCUGAGUUUCCGGCUUGGGCUUUCUCCAUUGCCCGUGUUCCACUCGACGACGAUAACCCUUAUAGAAGCAGCCACGAAUCUCUCUGCGACCAAAAGACAAAUCCGUAGUAUGAAGGGACUUCUUCAUAAGGUAAUGUCGCAAGGCCUGAGGGCGGUGAGAGCGAGGUUUGGGCUGGAAUCUCUGCAGUAGAGACCUUUGGCUGUUCUUCUUCAUCUUGGCCAUUAUAUUUUGUGUAUUGCUGUCGGGUUCGGUAUUGAAAUCGUUGAGGGAGCAAGGAUGGCGUCAUCGGCGACAGUUCGUGUGGAUAAGGCAACAAGCGAUCUGUUGCUGGGGCCGGAUUGGACUAUGAAUAUGGAAAUCUGCGACUCCAUCAAUUCGGAUCCCGGGCUGGCAAAAGAGGUAGUCAAAGCUGUGAAGAAAAGACUGCAACACAAAAGCCCCAGGGUUCAAUUUCUUGCGUUAACACUACUAGAAACGAUGAUCAAGAAUUGUGGUGAUUUUAUUCAUUUCCAAGUUGCUGAGAGAGAUAUACUACAGGAGAUGGUUAAAAUUGUUAGGAAAAAGACUGAUAUGGAAGUGAGAGAGAAAAUUUUAGUGCUGCUAGAUGCUUGGCAAGAGGCUUUUGGUGGUUCUGGAGGGAAGUAUCCACAAUACUUCUGGGCAUAUACUGAUCUAAAGAGAUCUGGAGUUGACUUUCCAAAGCGCCCUAGCGAUGCUACUUUGAUAUUUACUCCACCUACUCAUCAAGCGGCCACCACUAGGACUCCUCAUUUAGGGCAUGGUAUGCCUAGUGAUUCACCAAUGAGACUUGAUCAAGCAAUGUCAUCAGAAAAUGCUAAUUUGAGUUUGUCAGACUUGGAUAGAAUGAGGAGUGUCAUGGAGCUGUUAAAUGACAUGUUAAAAGCUGUGAAUCCACAUGAUCGUGAGGCUGUUAAGGAUGAAGUUAUCAAAGAUCUCGUUGACCAGUGUCGCUCCAACCAGAAGAAGAUCUUGCAAUUGAUUGACUCCACUGGUGAUGAGGAGCUCCUAGGACAAGGGCUUGCAUUAAAUGAUAAUUUGCAAAGCUCGCUUGCAAAACAUGAUGCAAUUGCUUCUGGUUCUCCAUUUCCAGAAGAAGCAUCUGAAUCUGUUCCCGUGCCACCUGUUCCUGCUGCACUGCCAACCAUUGCAGCUAACAGCUUUGAAGAGGAUGAAGAAGAGGACGAUGAAUUUUCUCAGUUAGCUCGCAGGAAUUCAAAAGUUAACCCAACUUCUACUGAAAGUAGUGUAGCCAUUUCCACAAACGAUACCAAUGUGGCGACUGUAAUUAAACAGAGUUCCAAUGAAGUUUCAUGCUCCAAUGGAGUCCAUCCAUUAGCCUUGCCCAAUCCUCCAGCACCUGUCAAAACCACUGCAAAAGAACAAAACAUUAUUGAUCUCUUAAGCAUCACAAUGUCUUCACCAUCUCAUACUCCUAUUACUCCAUCUACUCCACCUACUUCUUUUCAGCAAAAUGGAUCAACAGAUUCUGUUACCACAAGUGGUCUGGGGAACCCCCAGAGUCCCCAAACUUUCCCUGCAAACCAAGGUUACAUGCCUUAUGAUUUUUCAAUUGCUCCUUGGGCUCAAACACAGCCACCAUCUUCACCUCAAUCUCAACAUUCUCCAGCUCAGCUGCAGCCUCAAUUUCACUUCAGGCCUGAACAGCAAUCACAAUCUCAUUCACAAUCUCAAUAUCUGCUUCAAUCAGGGCCUCAACAACAGCCACAGUAUGCUAGUUACCCACCCCCUCCAUGGGAGGAUGCUCCGAGCACAAACCCUAAUCCCUUCACACAAGCUACUUAUACGAUGCAGUAUAAUUCACUUGGAAUGAAUGCUGCCACAGGGGAAACUCCAGCAAAGACAAAUUUCAGGCCUGCAGUUUCUCACAAGCCUUUUGUACCUUCCUACAGAUUGUUUGAAGAUCUUGUUGAUACUAGUAAUCACAAUGGAGUUCUCAAGGCCAGUGGUUCCUCCGGCCAAAGUAUGGCCUAUACUAGGAAAUGAAGCCCUUUUCUUGUAAAAUUCCAGAUCAAUUAAACACUUUAUAUGAAUGGAGAUUUAUAUAGAACACUGUGGAUGCAAGAUUGAAUUUUUCUUCACUUAAGGCUUAUUUGAUUACUUGUGGAUAUUAAAAAAAAAGGAUCUUGUUGUUGAUACCUGUUCAAAAAUAUUUACCAUUUAAUUGAUAUUUCUAGGUAGGCUAGUCUAUA